AUGAGUGCCAGCAGGCACCUAGUUCAUCAAGGAGUACACCAGACUGAGAGUGCCAACAGGCAUGGAGCUGAUCAAGGAGUACACCAGAUUGGGAGUGCCAACAGGCAUGUAGCUGAUCAGGGAGUACACCAGAUUGGGAGUGCCAACAGGCAUGUAGCUGAUCAGGGAGUACACCAGAUUGGGAGUGCCAACAGGCAUGUAGCUGAUCAGGGAGUACACCAGAUUGGGAGUGUCAACAGGCAUGUAGCUGAUCAGGGUGUACACUUGAUUGGGAGUGCCAACAGGCAUGUAGCUGAUCAGGGAGUACACUUGAUUGGGAGUGCCAACAGGCAUGUAGCUGAUCAAGGAGUGCACCAGAUUGGGAGUGCCAACAGGCAUGUAGCUAAUCAGGGAGUGCACCAGAUUGGGAGUGCCAACAGGCAUGUAGCUGAUCAGGGAGUACACUUGAUUGGGAGUGCCAACAGGCAUGUAGCUGAUCAGGGUGUACACUUGAUUGGGAGCACCAACAGGCAUGUAGCUGAUCAAGGAGUGCACCAGAUUGGGAGUGCCAACAGGCAUGUAGCUAAUCAGGGAGUGCACCAGAUUGGGAGUGCUAACAGGCAUGUAGCUGAUCAGGGAGUACACUUGAUUGGGAGCACCAACAGGCAAGUAGCUGAUCAAGGAGUGCACCAGAUUGGUGGGUUUGGCAACCAGCAAGAAAGCAUGAUUAUGACAACUGAAUAUGAUGGCUGUGUGUAUUUCCAACUUUGAUGUGAUGAUAUUAUUUAGUGCUCUGUUCUCUCACCCUUUCACCUUUGUUCACCCUCCUUUGUGUUGGAGAUGGAUUGUUUUCAGUGACAAAUAGGAACACCUGGUGAAAGGACACAGACUACAACAAAAGCAGUCACAUAUGGCAGUCAUACUGUUUGCCAGAAUUUUUAGAAGCGGGUGUUUGUCAAAAUGGCAGUGUUUGGACCAAUCUUUGAGCACUAGUACAAUGUGUAUUUGACCUUGUAUAGGUGGAAAAACGGCAUUUACUGUUUGCUAUAUUAUCUCAAUACCUCAUUAGGUAUAUAUGUGGCAUUUCCUCACUCUCUCUUCUGUGCAUGGCCCGUUGAGAGUCAUAUUGUCUCUUUCUUGAGAUAACGUGCAAAAGCGUUUUAGAAACCACAGUGAUGGACAUGAUUGGAUAAGCUUAUAUAACUUUACUGACCUCUGUGUGCAGACAUCCAAGUAGAGCUGGAUGGGGUGCAGAAAGUGCUGUAUUGUUCGCAAGUGUAUGUCAGCUAGAUGUGUUUGUAUCUUUCAUCCUGUUGUAUAGUGAAUUAGGCGGUUGAGUGCUAUUUCUUUUUCAGAGCUUUACUGUGUAGCUGUCUUCCAUGGCUCUGAUUACCUCCCUUUCUUGUGUCUGCUACAUUCUAAGUCAGUAGCUCUAUUCAUUAGGAUAUUGCUACGUCUAUGUGGUUAAGUGAAUCCCAAAGACAUUAAUCAGAUCACCAUACACUCAUAUGGGGAUACUUAAUGUGAUCUACACAAAGAACUGAUGUAUCCAUUACCUCCCCAAAGACUGUUCUAUGGCCAUGUUUUGUUGUUAUACCAACUAUGUUUUAAGAUAAGGAAGCAAAUUUAGAAAGUAUUGUGUGUGUCAGUUUCAGACCCAAAGAUUUUGUUGUUAGCUUUAUCAGUUAAGAUAUAUACAAUUUGUGAUGUUUUACACAAUACAGCUUUAUUGUUUACAUUGUUGUACAUUUAGACACAGGACUUCGCAUGCAGGAUUUUCUCUCGUAAGAUAAAAGAAAAUUACUUUCUGUGUGUAAAGUGUUGAAAAAUAUUUAUUAAUGACACAAAUACAAUAAAUGUCAAUAAUGAAAUGUAACAUUCUAUUGGUGUGAAGCAAAACAUAUAAUCUUGCUUGAUCUUAGGCCAGCUUUGAGUCAACAGACUUGUUAUUAUUUAUGACCUAAUCAAAUACAUAGUUGAUCUCACUAUCACAAAUUAUUAGAUGUAUUACUGAAAAAGAAAGUUAUUAUAUUUAUGUAUUAAGUAUUUCCAUUGAUCUGUAAGGGGAAAGAUUUAAUGUGUUGAUUCUCUAAAUACUCCACUGUUUAUCCUGUUUUUGACUACUUGUUUAGUUCAAAUAGUCAGAUGCUUAUGAAGUCAGAAUUUAGGUAAACGUUUAGAGUAAAGGAGGAUUAUAUAUAUAUAUAUAUAUAUAUAUGUAUAUGAUAUUUACAGUGUGUACAUCAUAGUGCAAAAGUAUAUGUGCUGUAAGUAGUUACCAUAGAGUAUACUAUACAAUUAUGAAAUGUACAUAUGUAAAUAGCACAGAGGUUUUAGCUUUGUAUUGUGCGACUGGUUUGCCCCGUGGUCUAGUGUGAUGUAGACUGGCAACUCUAGGAUCCUCCUGCAGGCUUCCUGUCCUCCUCCUCUUUAUGUGCUACUACAUGUAAUAGCAGUAUCAGUUGCUGGACAAGGGGUAUGUAUGUGAUGGAGUGAACACAAAAACUUAGUUGACCAUCACUUUGUUGAUAUUAUGGUUUCCUCGGACAUGUGCCUACCAGGGUCUUAACUAUGUAGGUUAUCUAGGAAUCUAGGCUGUUGAAUGCUAAUUGUUAUCAAAUUUUGUAAGUUGUAAAUGUGGCUAAUGCUCUUUUGCAUUAGCAUAUUUUGUAAUAAAAGAAAAGAAUAAAA